AUGGCUAGCCCAGGAUGCGUUUGGAGCAGAGCUCUGCGCAGUCGAUUGUUGCAGCAACAGCUCGCGCGUUCGGCUCGACAAACUAAAUUAUCCACAGCCCUGGCAGCACAGCGCUCAUAUUUGUCAACAUAUACAGACGAGCCUCGAGCAGAUUUCCGUGGUCCUCGUCGUCCACGCGACCCUCACCCCGACUUCAAUCCCGGCUUCAAGCGUAUGCGCCGGCCUACCCGCUAUAACGACAAUGCCGACAGAAACAAUUCUGAGGGAAACAUAUUUUCUCGGGGAUUUGGACACAAAGGAGAUGAUGAAUUAUUGAUGGAAAUUGCGCAACAAAAGACACGAGCGACAAAUCAGAAACAUGUUCGCUUAGAGAUGGCGUGGCUGGAAGAUCCUCUCCUGCUAGCACAGCGAGUCUCGACAGCCCUGGCUAGUGGUGAUCCAGGAAUGGCGGCUUCACUCGCUCGCGAGGCAUUGAGGCAGCAUCCGGGCUCAAAAUAUACGGUGGCGUGGAAUCGCAUCAUGCAAUAUUGCAUGGACCGAGGACACCCAAAGCCAGCCCUGAGAUUUUUCAACGAUAUGAAAAAGCGUGCCGGAAAACCGAACCCCCAGACAUUCACGAUUCUGCUUUCUGGACUUCGCAACGCCCCCGUGACGCCCGGUUUCAACAUUGUCCGCACUGCUGAACACAUCUACAACUCGAUCUCUGCUAGUAAUUCAGAAGUUCCACUCGAUAUAAUUCAUACAAAUGCCAUGCUAUCGGUCUGCCAGUAUCAUCAUGAUAUUGAGUCGCUCUGGCGCAUUGCUGGGAAUCUCUCGGAACAGGGAUCGGGGGCACCAAACAUGAGGACUUAUACGGUCAUCUUGGGUGCGCUUCAAUUUUCUGCCCGUGAAGAUAUUAGCAAAUUGGAAGCUACAGAUAUUGACAAGAUUUUUGCCCGGAAGUCUCAAUUGAUGACUGAUGCCAAACGAAUUUGGGCUGACAUUGUUCAUCGGUGGAAGACCGACGACGUUUUGCCUGAUAACCGCGUGAUUGGCAGUAUGGCCGGAGUACUAAUGGAUGGUGCUAGAGAGCAGGAUUAUUACGAUGUUUUCGCUCUUUACCACCAAACCAUGGGGAUUCCAAUCCUAGCACGUGAACCAUCUCAAAGAUCCAAAGAAAAACCCUCAACGCGUUGGGAGAUCAAGCAAAGGAGAACGACUUGGGAAACACCCCAGGAAGAGAACGUUCCAUUUGUGGAUGAGAACAAUAAAGCAAUCAAACUUGAUAAGGACGGGCGGGUACCCAGGGGAACUCCUGAGAAUGAGAGUUCCCGUAUUGAGGAAGAGGAGGAUGAAGAGGAAAAUCUUGACACUAUCUUUGAUGCUCUGCCGACGGGUCCCGUACCUGAACUCCGGCCUGACAGCAAAGACCUCACUCUGAUCAUAGAUGCAUGUUUGAGCAUGUCUCAGGGACUUGGACCCGGUUCUCAAUACUGGAACCACCUAACACUCGAGGACACUCCUAAUCGCAUCCAGCCCGAUAGUGCUGCUACCAUGCAUUACUUACGUCUGCUCCGUGUGUCGCGAGCAAGCAAGAUCUCUAUCAAGGUCAUCCGUGAACAAAUGGUUCCCUCAGGCAAGGUGGAUGGCAAAGCGUUCCAUAUUGCUUUGUCCGCUUGCCGCCGUGACAAUCGCAACCAAUCAUGCCUUGUCCACGGAAACGAACUCAUGGAUUUGAUGAACGAAAAUUUGAUUCUUCCCGACCCUCGAGCACUUCUGAGUUACGUUGAGCUUGUCAAAAGGCUGGCAGGGCUUCCAAACAUCCUGAUGUAUUUGAAAGGAUUGGAGAUUGAUGAAAACAAAAAAUCGCGCAACAUGCUGAACUUGGGUAAAACCUUGCUUGUCAAACUUCAUGUACUUGCCAUGGCUACCAUUCGGCCUCAUGUUGCCAAAAUUAAUGAGGCUGUGCAAAAUGGACGGCCAGCCCCGAUAGGGCGCUGGACACAUUCUCAUGAAAAGCCUCUUUCAGGAGACUUGAUUAUCAACAUUUUGCCUCACAUUCGUCUGAUGAUCGACGAGAUCCUGAAAAAGGAAUACUCGAAUUUUAUGACCAAGGCUGAGCGCCAAGCUCUUCAAGCGGAUUCCGUCGUGCUGAGACAGUACUCCGAUCUGGCUGUUAUAAAGAAGCUCAGUGGACAAUCCAUCUUCCCUACCAGAGAGCAGCGUACGGCGUACCGCAAUGCAAAUAUGGACCCGGAGCUUCUGCCUGAAGUCGAAGUCGAAGGGAAGGGAGAGAUGCCAGAGCCAGUGAAGCCGGAGGCUGUCAUGCCAGAGGCGCAAAAGGCAGAUCUAGUGAUGCCAGAACAAGUGAAGCCGGAGGCUGUCAUGCCAGAGGCACAAAUACCAGAGCAGGGAAAGCCCGAAGAGAAAGAGGAUUCUCCCUUGCAAUCGAAGUCUGACUCCUGA